AUGUUUAACUGUGUUGAACCGAGAUUAAGUCAAUACGCUCUAAUCAUCCUUUCAGGAUCUGCUUCACUCUCAUCCACCACCCAAUGCUACUCCGUUCGCGGGUCCAGGCCCAAACCUAGGCCCAUCCAAUCCGUUCAAGCAGCCGACAACUCCGUCAAUGUAGUAACCGACGGCAAACAGCAGCAACCGAGGCACGAGGCCAAGUGGGCCGUGGACAGCUGGAAGUCCAAAAAGGCUCUCCAGCUCCCGGAAUACCCGAACCAAGAGAACCUCUGGGCGGUGCUCAAGAGCCUGGAAGCGUUCCCUCCCAUCGUCUUCGCCGGAGAGGCUCGCAACCUUGAGGAGCGCCUCGCCGUCGCCGUCGCGGGGAACGCGUUCCUACUACAGGGUGGUUCGUGGAGAAGUUUCCUGGCUAAAAGAGAAAUUUUAUGGAUGUUGAUGUUCGGUGGCCAGAUGCCCGUUAUUAAGGUGGGACGUAUGGCGGGUCAGUUCGCGAAACCGAGAUCGGAGCAGUUGGAGGAGAAGAACGGAGUGAAACUCCCCAGUUACAGAGGCGAUAACGUGAAUGGAGAUGCGUUCGAAGAGAAAGCCAGAAUUCCAGAUCCUGAAAGGAUGAUUAGAGCGUAUUGA